AUGGUGGAGGGAAAUCUGGUGCUGCUGGUAUCCACACCGGAAGACAGGGCGGCAGUAGUAGAGGAAGGUAGGAUUCCGACAAUGGUGGAGGAAGGUGGAAAUAGUGGAGGUGGGAACUCAAUGGCAGGAGAUUGGCAGAUUGCACAGUACUUAUUCAAAAUGUCAGGACCAGAUGAAGAAAUGGAAAACCCAGGACCACAAUCAUGGCAAGACAAAAUUUCUGCUUUUUGGACCAUUAUUUGGAAAGGGUAUAAAAGCAAGUCAAUCUCACAUUGGAUACUUUUAGCUCUAAGUAGUGUGGCAAUGCUUGUAGCGUUCCCUGCUUCUUCCCUCUUAUCACGCAUUUAUUUUGCCAAUGGGGGAACAAGCAAAUGGAUAAUAUCUUGGGUGGCAGCAGCCGGGUGGCCUAUUCCUGCAUUGGUUCUAAUUCCUGCAUACUUCUUCUUAGGUGUCUUCCCCACUCCUCUGGACUUCAAACUCGCUGCAUCUUAUUCUGUCUUGGGUUUCUUGAGUGCCGCUGACAACCUCAUGUAUGCAUAUGCAUACGCUUAUCUGCCACCAUCAACUGCUUCUCUUUUGGGAUCGACAUCCCUGAUAUUUUCUGCACUAUUUGGAUAUCUUCUCGUCAAGAACAAAAUAAACGCUUCGACUAUUAAUUCCAUUGUAAUCAUUACUGCUGCUAUGGCAAUCAUUGCACUGGAUUCGGAUUCAGAUAGAUAUGCAAGUAUAACGGACCGUCAAUACGCCCUCGGUUUUGUAUGGGACAUACUGGCAUCUGCACUUCACGGUCUUAUUUUCGCUCUAUCUGAGUUAGUUUUCGACAAGUUAGUGGGACGAAGAUCGUUCCUUGUAGUUCUUGAGCAGCAAGUAAUGGUUUCACUAUUUGCCUUCACAUUUACUACAAUUGGCCUCAUUGUGAAUAAUGACUUUCACGGGAUGGCAUCUGAAGCAAGAACGUUCAAAGGUGGUCGAAGUUCUUACCUAUCUGUCCUCGUUUGGGGCGUUGUUACUUUCCAGUUGGGUAUUCUAGGUGGCACCGCAGUUCUCUUCCUUGCAUCCACCGUGCUAGCCGGCGUACUUAAUGCAAUAAGAGUACCCCUUACUGGUAUUGCAGCUGUCGUGUUGUUGAAUGAUCCGAUGAGCGGUUUCAAGAUUCUGUCUCUGAUUAUAACCUUCUGGGGAUUUGCUUGCUACAUAUAUGGAAAUUAUCCUAGAAGUAAAGAUUCCUCGUGA